CCACCUCCUCUCCAUACCAUAGGUGAUAAUGUCCAAAGAUGAUGAUCGGAGAACCUCCUACACAUUCUAAUCCAACCGUCCAAAUCCCUCCCUGGGACCCUUUUUUCGACGAGCCAACAUCACCGUUACCUUCUCCAUUCGCUAACUGCGGAAAUACUAGCUCACCUUUUCUCGACUCCUUAACCGCGCUCCACCGUUACCUUCCGUCAAAUGAGCCUGAUUCGUUGAGCGAUGACUUGGACUUUGCUGUGGAUGCUUUCUCGUGCGAUCAUUUCCGCAUGUAUGAGUUCAAGGUGAGGCGGUGCGCACGUGGGAGGUCACACGACUGGACGGAAUGUCCAUACGCACAUCCUGGAGAGAAGGCUCGCCGGCGUGACCCACGCCGGUAUCAUUACUCUGGUACGGCCUGCCCCGACUUUCGCAAAGGUGGGUGCAAGAAAGGUGACUCGUGUGAGUUUGCUCAUGGGGUUUUUGAGUGCUGGCUUCAUCCGGCUCGAUAUCGAACCCAACCAUGCAAGGAUGGCCCAGCUUGUCGCCGCCGGGUUUGUUUCUUUGCGCACACGCCGGAUCAGCUUAGGGUUUUGCCUCAACAAAGCCCAAGGGGAAACGCGCCCGGAUCAGUUGAGAUGGAAGUUGGGUCGCCUUUGAGGCACCAUAUUGACUCUUACUUGUCUAAAGCCGGGUCGUUUCUUUCUUCUCCAACCUCGAUUUUGACGUCUCCGCCUAUGUCUCCGCCAUCGGACUCGCCGCCAAUUUCGCCAAGUAGUCCCCAGGUAGUUGGCGGUUCGUUCAACUCUGUGAGCGAACUAGUUGCGUCUAUGCGAAGUUUGCAGUUCAGUAAAAUGAAAGCGGGAUCUGCAUCUUGGGGUAUGCAGAAUGGAUCAGGGUUUGGGUCACCCCGUGGGUCCUCUCUUCGACCCAGUUUUUGUAGCCUCCCUUCAACUCCGACCCGGGCCAUGACUCGGGCCGGACUGGGUCAGGUAGACCUCUGGGACUCAACUCUCGAGGAAGAGCCCGUAAUGGAGAGGGUAGAAUCUGGAAAGGAUUUAAGAGCAAAAAUAUAUGCGAAACUCAGCAAGGAAAACUCGUUGAAUCGGUCUGACUCGGCCGCUUCAGCACCAGAUGUUGGGUGGGUUUCUGAGUUGGUGAAGUGAUUUAACUCAGCUUGCAAUUGGAUUCUUUUUGUUGUUUUUUGAUGAAGAAUUAAUUUCGGUGGCCUAUGAUUCUUCACCCUGACUGUGAAUAUGAAGUCGAAUCUGGAAACUUGGGGUAAAAUCACUUUUUUUAAACUCCUCUGUAAAUGGUAGAUAUGGGAGAUAUCUCGAGUAUCUCUAUUUUGUGGCAAUGGUAGCAAAAAGAAAAGGAACAAAUGAAGAUAAAAAACUUGCAACUUGUGUACAGAAGACAAAGAAGGAUUUCUUAGGGCUGCCGGAGAAUGGGUAGCGGUUUGUUUGUUAAUUAAAUUUGUCUUUGAUAUUUGUAUUUUCUCAUCUGAUUUUCCCGGAAAAUUAAUCUUUUGUACGUUGCUUUCUGUUUAUGCCUAAUCGAUGUAAUUACCGUCAUAUAUCUUGUUGUGUAGUCCUCCUUGGUUUAUUAUUAAUUAUUUGUGCAAUUUUUUUCUUCA